AGUACAUAUACAAUAAAUUAUCCACAACAGUAGGUGAACUACAAGUUUGCAAGAACAGUUUCGACAUAAUGCACGUCACAGUCUUUGGGGGAACAGGUGGUACAGGGGUAGAGUGUAUCAAACAGCUACUAGCGGCCGACCACAGUGUUGCAGCGCUCGUCAGAUCACCAGAGAAGUUAAGCGAUGAGAUAAAAGUAGAUCCAAACUUUACCAUGCACGUGGGUAAUGUGCUAGAAGAAAAAGAAUGUGAGAAGGCUCUAGCUGAGAGUAAUAUUGUCAUUGUGGCACUGGGUGGAAACAUGCGCGCUCCGGCCGAUCAGAAGUCUAUCUGCAGAACGGCGCAGCCGGUUAUCAACAAAGCUGUCAAUGCCGCAUGUGCCGAUGCUCGGGUGAUUGCAGUGAGUUCUUUAGGCACAGGCGAUUCAUACCAGCAUAUCAAUUGGAUGACGCGCAAGUUCGUGGACUGGGUGCUGUAUGAACAGAUAGCGCAUAAAGAGGUUCAGGAGGCCUCCAUCAAAGACACUAUCAGAACCUGGACGAUUGUGCGUCCUGGCGGUCUAACUGACGGUGCGUCUAUUGGCAAAUGGGAAGCCAGCCGAACCGUGUCAGGAGGUCGGAUAUCACGUGCGGACGUUGCAAAGUUUAUCAUACAAGAGUGUUUAACAGGCGAUAAAUGGCAGAAUAGGGCUGUAUCGAUUGUUUCUAAAUGAAUAGUAUCUCACAAGAAGUUCAGAUAGCAUACAAUGAAUAGUUAACAAGUAAUAAAUUUAAUAUACG